CAAGAAAUUGAACAAGUUAUGCAGUAUGGUGUAACACCGGAUAGAAUAAUCUUUGCCAAUCCAACAAAGUGUCCAUCUCAUAUUAAAUUUGCCAAAAGCGUUGGUGUGGAUAAAAUGACAGUUGACAACGAAUUGGAACUUUAUAAAAUAAAAAAUCUGUUUCCUGAAGCAAAAAUAAUUAUUCGCUUUCGAUGCGACAGUAAUUCUGAUCACCCUAAUUGUACCAAACUUGGGAUUAAAUUUGGGUGCGAUCCAGGCGACGAAGCAAACAAAUUAAUCCAAAUUAGCAAGAAUUUAGGCUUAACUUUAUACGGAUUUAGUUUUCACGUUGGUAGUCCAUGUUACGAUUUCAAAGCGUACGCGUGUGGAAUUGAUAAAUGCAAGAAAUUGAUUACUUUCGCUAAAUCGAUAGAAUGUAAAGAUAUCAAGUUAAUAGAUAUUGGCGGUGGCUUCCCAGGGAAAAGUGAGUUUCGUAUCGACGAGCUUUCUCAUAUAAUUAAUGAUGCUAUUGAAGAAAUAGAUUCCAACAUACAAGUUAUAAGCGAACCAGGUAGAUACUACGUAACGUCAGCGUUUACUCUGGCUGCUUAUUUACAUUCGAAAAAAACUAUAUCAGAAGAAAAGGGCUUAAGAAAUGUGUAUUACGUUAAUUGCGGAGUGUAUAAUGGGUUUAUAGAAGAAUUGUUGAAUAUCAAUUCGCGUCAUCCAAUUUCAUUAUUCAAUCAGCCUGUAGUCGAUAAAAAAUAUCCUUCCACUUUAUGGGGACAGACUUGCGAUUCCUACGACUGUAUCAUCAAAGAUUCAUUCCUGCCAGAAUUUCAAAUAGGAGAUUGGCUUGUAUGGAGCGACAUGGGUGCAUACACGUCUUCCUUAGCUUCUACAUUUAAUGGAUUUAUACCGCCACGAGUUCAUCCUUUUAUCAGAAAAAGUCAAUGGGAAGAGUUUUGUGACAUUACCCAUGUGUAACGUUGAGCAAUUGAUUGUACAAAUUAUUUGUAUAGUUUUGAAAAAGAGAUAUGAAUUUC